AUGAACAAACUCGAAUCCUGCUCUAUUUUGGAGUCGUUGUCAAGAAAAAAGCUUCUGUCCGUUUUCAACUUAAACUUAAUUGAUCCAUCUUCAGGUUCUGGUUGGUCGUCCUUAUCUCACAACUCUGAAUCAGAGGCGGAUUUGCAGGUUCUGAUGGAUCUGGGGAAGAGGAAGAGGAUGAUAUCGAAUCGCAAGGUAGCAAGGCGACGUCGGAUGAGAAUAAGAAUGCCGAAGCAUUUGGACGAUCUGGGGGCUCAAGUGGCUCAGCUCGAGAAAGAGCCUCGGCAAAUUCUCACAAGCGCCAAUCGCAGCCCAGAACAUCACUCCAGCGUUCACCAUGAAAUCUCUGCUCUUCGAGCUCAAGUCAGUGAUCUGUGCACCAAGGUCGAAUCUCUCAACAAAAGAAUCAAUCACUUGACUGCCACCAACAAUGCGGCUUCUGCAAAGCCCUUCUAUGACCACUUUGACUUCAAUUCACUUCCUGCAAACUUGUUCCCAGAUGAUUCCGCUCUAGAUCAGCUUGUUCCCAGAUGA